AUACUUAGUGAUAACGAUUUGACGAACAUCAAAAUCGCAGAAAAAUGCGUUAAAAAAUGUUAUCAACCGCGAAAACUCCUGGCGAUAAAGUUUUUGCAUUCGUGAAAAGAUAUCUUCAUGGCAAAUCGGCUCUCACAAAGGAUAUCUAUGAUGUUAAACGAGAAAAUUUCAACAAAUUACAAAAUCAUCACGUCCAGUUUUUCAAAGAUUUAUUGGGCGAUAGAACUAUCACAGAUCUUCACGAAUUGGAGAAGUACAAUCAAGAAUGGAUGAGAUGUGUAAGAGGUUAUAGUGCAUUGGCUCUCAAACCCAAAACAACAGGUGAAGUUUCAGAAAUUUUGAAGUACUGUAAUGACAGCAACUUGGCAGUAUGUCCUCACGGUGGUAAUACUGGUUUAGUUGGGGGAGCAGUACCAGUUUUUGACGAAAUAGUACUGUCAGCGGAACUUAUGAAUGACAUAAUCCAUCUAGAUGCGAAUUCAGGUGUUUUGGUUUGCCAGGCGGGUUGUGUUUUGGAAAAUCUGGAUGCCAUAGUGGCGGAAGCAGGCCUUAUGGUACCGAUCGAUCUGGCAUCUAAGGGAUCUUGUCACAUAGGGGGCAACGUUGCCACUAAUGCGGGCGGACUGAAACUGUUGAGAUAUGGAAAUUUGCAUGGGAAUGUUCUUGGAUUAGAAGUUGUUAAAGCUGAUGGGACAAUUAUAGAUUGUUUGAGCACUUUGAAGAAGGAUAAUACUGGUUUUCAUCUGAAACAUCUAUUUAUUGGGUCAGAAGGGACUCUGGGUUUCAUAACAAAAGUUGCUUUGCAGUGCCCGACUAGACCCAAAAGUGUCAAUGUUGCAUUUUUAGGUUUAAAUAAUUUCGAUAAAGUCUUGAAGACUUUCAAAGAGGCCAAACAUGAUCUAGGCGAAAUUCUCUCGGCAUUCGAAGUAAUGGAUACUGCUACAAUAGAAUUCAUGAAAGAGAAACUAGAUAUCAGUUCUCCUAUCGGAAAAUAUCCGUUCUAUUUGGUCAUAGAAACUUCUGGCAGUAGAGAAGAACAUGACGCAGAAAAGCUCAACUUCUUCUUACAAUCAUGUUUGGAGCAAAAUAUUGUUUCUGACGGGAUAAUGGCAACGGAAACCCACAAAGUAAACGCAAUAUGGUCAAUUAGAGAACGGGUUCCAGAUGGAUUCAGAAAAUGCGGUCAUCUGUUUUGUUAUGACAUUUCUUUACCGCUGGAAAAUUAUUAUCUUCUAGUAGAAGAUAUGACAAAACAUAUGGGCAAUAUGGCAAUAAGAGUAUUUGGUUUGGGUCAUAUGGGGGAUAGUAAUCUUCAUAUACAGAUCGAGGUGGAAGAAUUCUCGAGGGACUUGAAAAACUAUAUUGAACCAUACAUUUUCCAAAGAACAAAACAGCUGAAAGGUAGCAUCAGCGCAGAACAUGGUAUGGGUUUUUUGAAGGCUAAAUAUCUGGACUUUGCGAGACCAUCAAGUAAUGUUCAAAUGAUGAAGGACCUGAAGCGAAUUUUGGAUCCUAAAGGCAUCAUGAAUCCAUAUAAAGUCUUUCCUUGGUGAUAACUAUUAUAAAUAUUCCAACUUGAAGGAAUCAUUGUCGAGGAGUUAUUCAACCAACAAAUCCUUCGUUCUGUCUUGUAGCUCACGCAGGACUCUUCCAAAAGCAAAGUUGGAAUUUAUCACAGUCACUGGGGGGUUGUACAUAUUUUUGUAUGCCUUGAUAACGCUGAAAAAAUAAAAAUUAUAUUAGGUGCUU